AUGGAGCCCAAGAACAACACACUCAACCCAAAAUUUCUUCUUCUGGGAAUUUCAGAGGACCCCACAUUGCAACCCUUCCUCUUUGGGCUGUUUCUGUCCAUGUACCUGGUCACUGUGCUGGGGAACCUGCUCAUCAUCAUGGCCACCAUCUCAAACUCCCAUCUGCACACACCCAUGUACUUCUUCCUCUCCAACCUGUCCUUCGCGGACAUCGGCUUGACCACAACGAGCAUCCCAAAGAUGCUGGUGAACAUUCAGACACACAGCAAGGUCAUCACCUAUGCGGGCUGCCUCACCCAGAUAUACUUUUUCAUACUCUUUUGUGUUUUGGACAACUUCCUUCUGGCUGUGAUGGCCUAUGACCGAUAUGUGGCCAUCUGUCACCCCUUGCACUACAUGGUCAUCAUGAACCAUCAGCUCUGUGGAUGGCUGGUGCUGGCUUGCUGGGUGACAACUGUCCUGAAUUCUUUGUUAGAAACCUUAAUGGCCUUCAGGCUGUCCUUCUGCACAGACGUGGAGAUCCCACAUUUUAUGUGUGAACUCAACCAGCUGGUCCAACUUUCCUGUUCUGACACCUUCCCCAAUGUCAUGGUGAUGUAUUUUGCAGCAGUGUUGCUGGCUGGUGGGCCCCUGGCUGGCAUCCUAUACUCCUACUCCAAGAUCGUGUCCUCCAUCCAUGCAAUCUCCUCAGCUCAGGGCAAGUACAAAGCCUUCUCCACCUGUGCGUCUCACCUCUCUGUGGUCUCCCUGUUCUACUCUACACUCCUGGGGGUGUACCUCAGCUCUUCCAUUACCCAGAACUCACAAUCAACAGCAAGAGCCUCAGUGAUGUACAGUGUGGUCACCCCCAUGCUGAACCCCUUCAUCUACAGUCUGAGGAACAAGGACAUCUUGGGAGCCCUGAGGAGAAUCUUCCAAGGGAAGCCAUAG